AUGGCCGUACUCUCCGUCUACGCUCCGGCGGCAUCUCCGUCCCUUGCUCCCUCCUCUUCGUCCUCCUUCACAAUCGCAAGGCCGCGCACAGUUCCUCCACCGUAUAGGCCAUUUCCCGGCCGCUUCAGGGCCCUCUUAUCUUCAAGCGUCUCCCUUCCGUCUCCAGACUCGACGAGUCUCCCGAAUCCCUCGAGCUUCUACAGCAGUGGGUUGCGUCUCGAAUUCGAGCCUGGGACUUUUGCUUCUUCUGCUCCGCCGGCGGGGUCUCCAAGGGGGGCCGAGUCCGACGUGAUGGGUUUACUGCUCCGGGAGCGCAUAGUGUUUCUGGGGAGUGGUAUUGAUGACUUCGUUGCGGACGCUAUCAUCAGCCAACUCCUUCUCCUGGAUGCACAGGAUCCCACCAAGGACAUCCGGCUUUUCAUUAACUCUCCCGGAGGAUCCCUCAGGUGAGGAGGGAGCCCCUUCGUGGCAGUCUUAAAUUAUGUACUGGCUUUUGGAUUUUUUUCUCCACAUUAGGGUUCUUCAUCUGUUUGGUACCUUUUCUGUUGUGAAGCGAGUAUUACAGUUUCUUCCUCUGUCUGCUACCUGCCACAAAAUAUUAUUGAUGUCCCAAACGACAACAUCACGGUCCAUGGAUGCUGUAAUGAAAGGAAUCUUUGUUGUUGGAUUUUGCAUUUUGAAGAUCUUCAGGCUAACUGAUCGGACAUUUGAGCCUUUUUGAUCAGGUGUGACGAGGAAUUUAACUGGGACAGGCAUAUGGUCAACGUGAGUCAAUUAGAAAAUAGGGUUUCCCCUCUUCUACAUUUUCUUUGUUCUUUGAAUUUUCUGAAUGUGUUCUGCAUCUGUUGGGUGGUUAGUGAACAUUGUAUCUUCACGAAGACAUUUAGGGCCUUCAUUUCUCGUGGUAUUUUUGGGUAACAUAUGGUAGAUCUGUUAAGAAAAGACCUGCAUGUGGGACUCCUACGAAACAUAAACUGUGUUUAUCUGCCUACUCAAGAGAGAAGUAGAUGAUUUAACAAUGAAGUCUGAUAUUCCUCGAGGAUGCUCGUUGCUGCCUAAUUGGGUUAUCUAUGAAAAGAGUGCUAAUACUAUAUGGUUCUCCAUGGGUCUUGUUGGAAAGAGAGAUGAAGAAGACGAGUAGAGCCAGAGCAAUGGAUCAUUUUGAGUCGAAGAGAGUUGGAUUUUGGGAUCUGAGGAGAAAGAUCAUGGCAGGGCUGGGUUUCUUGAUUAUUCAAUUCAUGGAUGAGGUUUAUUAUGCUAAAAAAACUAACGACUCAAGAUGAUUGCCUUGCAGAAACUUUUUCAUUAUGAGGUGGCCACAAAAUUGUUCUUAUUGCUGUGGGCGGAUGGAACUUACAGUGUGCAUCAUGGUGACUAAUUUCAGUUGCCUCCUUCUAUGGAGAUUUUGGGUGAGGGAGUAAAGCUUAUUAGGGGGUGUUUACUCCAACAUCUACAUACGACAGCAGUAUGGGAGAGAAUAUUUGAGACAUGGCAUGCAUCUCAGGGAUUGGUGAUUUAAGAAAUCAGAUGAUAUUUUAUAUUGCGAGGAAUGGAGUUGUGAUUUUUGAAAGAAUAGAGGCCUUCAACUUGGGGUUAUGAGUACAGAGGUUUCUUAGGAAGGUAAGAUGCUUUGAUGUUGAGUGAAAGAGCUGCAAAGUUCUUCAAAGGCACUCAGGAAAGUUGAUACUUCCUAGAGCAGAGUAAUGAAAUUUUGAUUUGAGGGCUUACCACUGACUGGAUGUGGAAUUAGUGGAUGGUUUAUGGUGAAUAUUUAUGUGCACAUUGCCGUUGAGCUUCUGGUGAAUGUUGUUGAUCAAACAAGGAGUAACACUUUACAGAAACCUUUUAGUUUGAUUAAUUUAUUCGGACUAAUUUUUAUGAGGGUUCAGAUCAUGACUAAUCAUCUUGGUGCUGCAAGAUAGAGAAGCUUGGUCAAAUCGGAGCAGGCAGUGUUUUUCAUCUUCCAUAACGCUGGUGCAUGCUUUCCACUACUACCUAGGGGCAGUAGUAGCAUGUAUUCCCCUCAAACUUCAUCGUUCUCUAUUUUUGUUAGACGAAGAUCUUUUCUUAAAGCAAAAUAUGAUUCGGUGAGUUAGAGCUUGUUUGUGACAUUCACCUGGAGAAUAUGCUCUCUUGUUGUGGUACUUUAGCUGCAUGGCUUUAGUUCUUGAGAAGUGUAUGUGGUGUUUUUCCUACAAUUAAGAUUUGACUGACCAUCACUGGUAAAUCUUGGAGGUUGGAUUUUCUUCAUCUAAACUGUAACACAAGGACCUGGCUUGACGACGUGUUCAGCAUUUUCAGCUAUUUAUCAUUUAAACCGUAUAUUUUCAAAACUUUAAAUGUUUGAUGGCUAUUAUUUAGUCCUUUGUUGUACACAUUGUGACUUAAUUUAUGUGCCAAAUGUCUUCAUUUAUGAAUUGCUCUAAACUUUAUGGAACGGUUGUUGCUUGUUUUCCUAUAUUUUUGUUGUCAUAAAUUUUUAAAAAGUGCUUCUACAUAUGAUAAUUUUAUUUUAAAUGAUAGGAGGUUAUUUUUAAAAUAUUUAUCAUCGCACACGUGCUUGUGGACGUGAACGCACACAUGCACACACCUGUUUGUGUCUAGGGUUAGUGUUAGGUCUGUAAGGUACCAUUUGAUAUUUCGCCCGGUAACUAUGUGGUCAUCAGUUAUGGCUGUGGAUGCUGGUUUGGGAGUGUAGAGAACUAUCCAAUCUCUCAUGGCGUUAUAUUAAAAAAAUUGAUGCUUAAGAUUGCAUGGGUAGUAAAAUCCAGCCAUUUCGGAGAUUAGGAAAAGGGCAGUGGAUAGUGAAUCGUUGAAUUAUUUUAGAUUUCCAUUUGAACGUCUGUUUGCAAUCAGUGUCCAAUACGAACUGAAGAACCAUGCGCUAGGCAAGAGCCUUUAGAUGCCCCUUUCAGGUGAUUUUCUAUCCACUACGUUUGGCUUCACGGUGGGCAGGCUCCUUGCAAUUACUUGAGCGGGAACAUGAGGGUCAUUAUUCUUAUGACAGGUUUUUCAGUUUAUUUUUGGAUGCUCCAAAAUUAUUCAAUACUUCACAAAAUAUCCAUUUGCGCAUUGUUCUGUGCCAUUUUGGGAGGCUUACCACAUUCUUUUUUUGGUCCGGCAGUCCAUUUUAUCCUGUAGGAAAUUCUAAGUACUUAUCUCUGGUGGUGAGGAGUGUACAAAUAAUGGUCCAUGGUGAAGCUUUCCUGAAUCAAAGCAGGCAUGACCAUUAUCACCGUUUGAGCACACAUCCAUCUUUCCUAAUCCUUUGACGUUUUCCAAUUUUCUACAUUUUUUGCCCUUAUGACUCAUUCAGAAUGCAAAACACGUUGGUCAGUCAAAAGAUUUCUUGUUGGUAGAUUCUCUGACCUUGGUGGGCCCCAAAGACUAAGAGAGAGGAGUAAACAGACAAAUGCCAUCUUUCUCCUCUGCAACCUGGUUUGGUCCAUUCCACUCUGGCGAACAUUAUUGACUGUCUAAUUGUGGGGGCCGGAUUGGUGUCUUUUGGCAGUGCGACGAUGGCCAUCUACGAUGUGCUUCAGCUGGUGAGGGCGGACGUCUCCACGGUGGCGUUGGGCAUUGCAGCGUCAACGUCCUCCAUCAUCCUUGGCGGCGGGACCAAGGGGAAGCGGCUGGCGAUGCCCAACACCCGUAUAAUGAUCCAUCAGCCUCUGGGUGGUGCCAGCGGCCAGGCCAUUGACGUGGAGAUCCAGGCAAGGGAGAUCAUGCAUAAUAAGGACAAUGUGACCAGGAUCGUCGCCGGCUUCACCGGGCGGACCUACGAGCAGGUGCAGAAGGACAUUGACCGAGACCGCUACAUGUCCCCCAUGGAGGCCGUGGAGUAUGGCAUCAUCGACGGUGUCAUCGACGGCUAUGCCAUCAUCCCCCUUGCCCCCGUGCCAGACCGGGUGAAGCCCAAGGUCAACUACGAGGAAAUCAUCAAAGACCCCAAGAAAUUCCUGAUUCCCGACAUCCCCGACGAUGAGAUAUACUAG